AUGUCGCGAUGUGGCUGGCUGGAAGGGCGGCGGCAGCGUGAAGACGGGAAAGGACAUAAGAUACGCCUUGAAAGAAAGAAAGAAAAAAAGGAGGAGGAGAAGGAGGAGGAGGAGGAGGAGGAGGAGGAGGAGGAGGAGGAGGAGGAGGAGGAGGAGGAGGAGGAGGAGGAGGAGGAGGAGGAGGAGGAGGAGGAGGAGGAGGAGGAGGAGGAGGAGGAGGAGGAGGAGGAGGAGGAGGAGGAGGAGGAGGAGGAGGAGGAGGAGGAGGAGGAGGAGGAGGAGGAGGAGGAGGAGGAGGAGGAGGAGGAGGAGGAGGAGGAGGAGGAGGAGGAGGAGGAGGAGGAGGAGGAGGAGGAGGAGGAGGAGGAGGAGGAGGAGGAGGAGAAGAAGAAGAAGAAGAAGAAGAAGAAGAAGAAGAAGAAGAAGAAGAAGAAGAAGAAGAAGAAGAAGAAGAAGAAGAAGAAGAAGAAGAAGAAGAAGAAGAAGAAGAAGAAGAAGAAGAAGAAGAAGAAGAAGAAGAAGAAGAAGAAGAAGAAGAAGAAGAAGAAGAAGAAGAAGAAGAAGAAGAAGAAAAGAUUGCUCUCAAAGGCCUCCUCACCCCCCUGGCCCUGGAUUCUCAUGGAGCCCUUCCUUUAUCCUUCCCCACACCCUCUUCCCCCCCACAUACUUGGUUACACAUAG